AUGGACAGAAGAGACCUCUCCACCAAAGUCAAGUUUGACUAAAUCUUUGACUCAAUUGAUCUAAAACAAAGAAAGACUAAGAUUAUCUGUACUAUGGGACCUCAAUGCUGGGAAGUUGAAAUGCUCGUCAAGAUGCUUGAUUCAGGUAUGGAUGUUGCUAGACUUAACUUCUCUCAUGGAGAUCACAAGACCCAUGGUCAAACUGUUGAUAACAUCAAGGAGGCCCUUAAGCAAAGACCAAACAAAACAUGCGCAAUCAUGUUGGAUACUAAGGGUCCAGAAAUUAGAACUGGAAUGUUAAGAGACAACAAGCCAGUUGAGUUAGUCUCUGGCCAAGAACUUUUGAUCGUUACAGACUACUCAAUUGAAGGAGACAACAAGAGAAUCGCCUGUUCUUACAAGGGACUUCCCCAAAGUGUUCAACCAGGUUCAACUAUCUUUAUUGCAGAUGGAUCUAUCACAUGUGAAGUUACCGAAAUAGUGGAUGGUGGAGUUAAAGUUAUCGUUCAAAACUCAGCCAAACUUGGAGAAAGAAAGAAUAUGAACCUUCCAGGAGCCAUUGUUGAUCUUCCAACUUUAACUGAGAAGGAUGAGGAUGAUAUUGUAGAUUUCGGUCUUAAGAAGGGAAUCGAUCUCAUUGCUGCCUCCUUUGUUAGAAAGGCCGCUGAUAUUGAUGCCAUUAGAGAUGUCCUUGGACCAAGAGGUUCUCACAUUAAAAUCAUUGCUAAAAUUGAAAACCAAGAAGGACUCCAUAACUACGACGAAAUCCUCCAGGCUACUGAUGGAAUCAUGGUAGCAAGAGGAGAUCUUGGAAUGGAGAUCGCUCCAGAGAAAGUCUUCAUUGCACAAAAAUGGAUGAUUGAAAAAGCUAAUCUUGCUGGAAAGCCAGUAGUAACAGCUACCCAAAUGCUUGAGUCUAUGAUUAAGGCUCCAAGACCCACCAGAGCUGAGGCUAGUGAUGUAGCCAACGCCGUCCUUGAUGGAACUGAUUGUGUUAUGCUUUCAGGAGAAACUGCUAACGGCGACUAUCCACUAAAUGCUGUUACUAUUAUGGCUAAGAUUUGCUGCGAGGCUGAGAAGAUGAUUGAUUACAAGAGACUUUUCCAAGAUUUAAGAAUCUACACUCCACAACCAUUCGCCACCUCAGAGUCAAUUGCCUCAGCUGCAGUCUCAACUGUUCUUGACCUUGGAUUAGACUUAAUUAUCGUUAUUACCGAUACUGGAAAGAUUGCCAGACAAGUUGCCAAAUACAGACCACCUGUUCCAAUUCUUGCUUGUUCUGUAUCUAUGCCAGUUAUUAAGUAACUCAAUACUUCUAGAGGAGUAUUCGGUUUUAAAAUUCCAUCCUAUCAAGGAUAAGACAAUCUAAUUCAAUUAGUCAUUAAGACCGCCAAAGAAAUGGGACUCUGUAAACAAGGAAACAAGGUAGCCUCAAUUACUGGAAAUCAAGAGGAAACUCCAGACGAGUCAAAUAUCCUUAGAAUCCACGAUAUUGAAUGA